GGUACCGUGGCCACAGCGCGGGUAGACCGCGCGUACGAUAUCAGUUGCAGUUGCACAACUUCGGGAAAGUGGCGAGCACGCGUGGCGAGAUCUGAGAAAGGGCGAGGUCUACGAAGGUGACGGGCGCACUGGCAGUAGCGUUGUUCCCUGCUGAGCUUGCUGUCGGCUCGUAUUUGUAGUCGCAGCAGGGGACAUACCUUGGCAGGGGAGGCAUUGGUAGUCGUCGGCGAACAGUUGAAACCGGCUCCCGGUGCCGUGCAUCCGUGCGGAACGUCGACGCAUCGACAGCCAUGCUUAUGCGAGCAACAGCGCGUAAUUUGUCGCUACUCAGACGGUGCAGCGUGCAUUAUCAGUCCACCGCCGCCGUUGCAGUAGAGCCUGUGCGAAUCCUGACAUCGCCUACACUCAGAUAUUCAUCAACAAUGGAUGGCAUAACUCGGCGUCUGGCAAAACCUUUCCCACUGUCAACCCCACCUCAGGAGAAGUGAUAACUCACGUGCAAGAAGGUGACAAAGCCGAUGUGGACAAAGCUGUGCAAGCAGCCAAGAAGGCCUUUGAAUUGGGAUCGGAAUGGCGCACCAUGGAUGCCUCCGAUAGAGGUGUUCUGCUGAAUCGUCUCGCAGACCUUAUUGAACGUGAUCGCUGCCUCAUUGCUAGCUUGGAGACAUUGGACAAUGGGAAGCCCUUUGUGGAUGCUUACAACAUUGACCUGCCUCUUGUUAUCAAGUGCCUCAGGUACUAUGCCGGCUAUGCUGACAAAAACCAUGGCAAGACUAUCCCACUUGACGGCAGCUAUUUUGCGUACACCCGUCAUGAGCCUGUUGGUGUGUGUGGCCAGAUUAUUCCGUGGAAUUUCCCAGCGCUUAUGCAGGCUUGGAAGCUUGGUCCUGCACUUGCAAUGGGCAAUACUGUGGUGAUGAAGCCGGCCGAGCAAACACCACUGUCGGCCCUUCAUGUGGCCUCUCUGGUAGCUGAGGCUGGCUUCCCACCCGGCGUGGUCAAUGUGGUGCCUGGAAUGGGCCCUACUGCUGGAGCGGCCGUCGCAGGUCACAAGGAUGUGGACAAGAUUGCUUUUACAGGCUCAACCGAGGUCGGCCAACAGGUGAUGGAAACUGCUGCCAAGUCAAACCUGAAGAAGGUCACAUUGGAACUAGGUGGCAAGAGUCCCAACAUAGUUUUCAAGGAUGCUAACUUGGACGAAGCAAUAGAGACUUCACAUUUUGGACUGUUCUUCAACCAAGGCCAGUGCUGCUGCGCUGGCUCACGCAUCUUUGUGGAGGGCGCCAUCUAUGAUGAUUUUGUGGCACGCAGUGUUGCACUUGCUAAGCAAAGAGUUCUUGGGGACCCCUUUGAUGCUAACACCACACAGGGACCACAGGUGGACCAGGAACAGUUGGGAAAAAUCUUGACACUAAUUGACAGUGGCAAGAGUGAGGGAGCCCGCCUCUUGUGUGGAGGAGCCAGGCAUGGGUCUCGAGGCUACUUUGUUGAACCCACUGUCUUCUCGGAUGUCAAAGAUGGCAUGCGCAUUGCCAGAGAGGAGAUAUUUGGGCCAGUAAUGCAGAUUUUGCGUUUUGAAAACAUUGGCGAGUUGAUCGAGCGUGCGAACCGGACUGAGUAUGGUUUGGCCGCAAGCCUUUUUACACAAGACCUUGAGAAGGCCUUGCAUUUUUCAUCUGGGAUCAAAGCAGGAACUGUGUGGGUGAACUGCUACGAUGUGUUGACUGCCCAAGUACCUUUUGGUGGCUACAAAAUGUCUGGCAUUGGCCGUGAGCUUGGAGAAUAUGGCCUUGAAGCUUAUACCCAAGUGAAAUCGGUGAUCAUGAAGAUCGGACAGAAAAACAGCUAAGCUGAAAUAUACAUCACUUUGUUUUGUUACAUAUAACCUGUAUAUUUUUAUAUUCCUAGUUCAAUAAAUCAUUUGAAUUUUCAU